AUGGCUGUCGACGGAUACGAGAAGCGCGAGAUCGAGGCCGCCGCAUCAGAGUACGUCCCCGGCUCGGUCGAGGAGAAGCGCCUCGUCCGCAAGAUCGACCUGCAUCUUCUGCCCACACUCUGGGUGAUGUACAUCCUCAAUUAUCUUGACCGCACAAACAUCGGUAACGCCAAAGUCGGCGCCGACCACGGCGGCUUCGAGCAGGACUGGAACCUCUCGUCAGCCGACUACUCGCUCGUGCUCUCCAUCUUCUUCGUCGGUUACCUUCUCUGGGAAGUGCCGAGCAACAUGAUGCUCGCGCGCUCCAAGCCCUCCAUCUUCCUUCCCACCAUUAUGUUCAUCUGGGGCGCCAUGUCCGUCGGAGCCAAGGGCAUGACUGGUCUCGGUGGCAUGGUUGCUUUCCGCUUCGUUCUCGGCCUUGUCGAGGCUGGCUUCUUCCCUGGUGUCAUGCUCCUCAUGUCUUGCUGGUACAAGCCUGAGGAGCUGUCGAAGCGCAUUGCCAUGUUCUACACCGCGUCCCUCGUGGCGGGCGCCUUCGGUGGCCUCCUGUCUUUCGGUAUUAUGGACGGCCUCGAGGGCAAGGGCAACACGCGCGGCUGGAAGUGGCUCUUCAUCAUCGAGGGUCUCAUCACCGUCGUUGUUGCCUGCUUUGCCUUCUUCAUCCUCCCCAACUACCCUCUCACCACCAAGUGGCUUUCCGACGACGAGAAGCGUCUCGCUACCGGCCGUCUCCUUGCCUCAGCGCGCGGCACCACCGAGGACGAGGAGGAGCACAUCAGCCACUGGCAGGCCUUCAAGCUCGCGUGCAAGGAUCCCAAGACUUGGGUGUUCGUGCUUAUCUACAACCUCCUCAACAUGGUCGGCACCAUCUCCUACUUCUUCCCCACGCUCCUCGGCUCCAUGGGCUACAAGGGCAACAUGCGCCAGCUCAUGACGGUCCCCAUCUACGUGGUCGCCCUCAUCAUCUCGGUCACUCUCGGCUUCGUAGCGGACAAGACGCGCCAGAAGGCCUAUGUCGUGGCCGGCGGCGCCACGCUCGCGACUGUGUCCUUCGUCCUUGUCGCAGCCGUUCCCAACGAUAAGGUCAAGUACACGUUCCUCUGCUUCGGCGGCGGCGGCGUGUGGACGUGCGUCCCCGUCUUCCUCUCGUGGAUGGUCACCAUGUUCGACGGCCGUGAGAAGCGUGCCGUUUGCAUCGCCCUCAUCAACGGUUUCGGCAACACCGCCUCGAUCUACGGAUCGUUCUUCUGGCCUUCGCACACCAAGCCCAAGUACAUUAUGGGCUUCAGCCUUACGACGGCGUUCUCUGGCGUUGCUCUCAUCGCCGUCCUCUGCGCAAAGUACUUCUUCGGCGAUAAGGGCGUGGCGCGGACCUCGUAA